AUGCGGGGAGCACGUUUACUCUGGCUGGCUUUGGUGUUGCUGGGACUCCUCUUUGUGCUCGGCGCCAUCGCGCUGGACAUCGCCGCGCUCGUUCUGCCCAAGUGGGUGCGAUGGGACUUCUCCGCAGCUGCGGGACUGUCCUCGAUGAGUCGUGGUCUCUUCGCCUCCUGUACAGGUAGACAGUUCUAUCUUUUCAAUUUUAGGCAAUUACACGGUAUGUAAUCUAUUUCAUGAAAAGUGCCGAAAUUUAUGAAAGGCUGCUUAUCACUAGCAAUUCGGUACAAACGAGCGGACCAAAACUCCGAACUAAUAAUGAAAAAAUUUAAGCGAAAUGAAAAUAUAAACAAAUCUUAAAAUUAAUACUGCACUGUUUAGAAAUACCAACUUUUUAGAAAAGCGGAAAGCCACAAAAAUGUCAAAAAUCGUUUUGAGGGAGAAAACUCAGUUUUUAUGCACAGAAAACCUGCCCAUGCAAAAAACAAGUAAAUAAAACAGCGCAAGUCGAAUGACGCUUGAACUCGUCCUCUAGUGAAGUUUGCACUUAAAUACCCCUCAGCUGAAAGUGUAACAUCAGUUAUGGUAAUUAGCCAACAGCCUACAGCUUGGACGUAGAUAUCAACACGGUUUCAGGAGUACUGACUCUAUGUUUUCCAAGGCAAACAGGAUUCGCUUGAUUCCGUAGACAUGGAGGUCAGGGGAAUAAGUGUUUUUCUAGGGUCAAAUAUUGAUAGGCCUGUCAGUGACUAAUAAAUCUAAAUAGAAUUUUGCAAUCAUUUAACAUAAUGACAACACAGGUAGAAGCUAAAAGCCCAGACACGCGUGCUCCGUCGAUCUUGUGCACUGCCUAAUGCAGCUGCGAGGAGUUCGGCUCAUCACUGGGUCCACCAGCCUUCCCUGUGUGUUUGUGAUAAUAUUAACUCCAGUUUCUCCCUGCCUUGCUUAAUUUCCGAGGUUUGUAACUAGUGCCUGUGCUGUCAGUACGGUAAAAUAAUUACGCAAUUCUAUACUACCGGCUGCCUGUUGGAGGUUUGUGAAUAUUGUGCGGUUAUUCCGCAAUAGCUGACGGGGUUCAGCUCAAAUGUUCGUAGUAAAUUUUGGGCCGUGUCGGAAAAGUUCUGUUCCGAAGGAUUAAUUCCAAGUUCGCGCAUUAAUUUACAAGGAAAUUAAACAAGGCAAAAUCGAAAUAGAAUUGUCCGGUACAAUUGUAAACGUACCAUUCUGUGCGUAUUAAGAGAUAUACCCCUCAGUCUAAUUGCUUUAUAGUUAUUUCUGGUGCUGGAGCACGAUAAAGGUAUUGUCGUGGUAAUUUUCAUUAAAAUAUCAGAACAUUAGAAAGAAGGAUUGUCUGUGGGCGUUAUUAUUGCGUUUUAAGAGACGAAUUCGUACAGUUCCACAAAUCGGACGCUUUAUAAUCGAUUAAGUGGCUCGCUUUCCAAAAGUGACCUCGCUUCUUACGUCCUGCUCCCUCUAAUCUACGCGGAGGGGAAGAAAUUAAUUUCUAAAUGCGGCAAGUUCGAUUUGGCAAAACUUUCGAUUUUAACUUAUCCGCCUUUAAUGAAAGAACACGCAUAAAUCUGCAAGCUUAGCCUAGGAAAACUAUCAUCGUAGGAAACAUUCUGAAUGCAAAGUAACGUGGAUUUGCGCUCAAAUUUCUAAACAUUUUGACUGAUAAAAUUAUUUCUAAGCACAUUGGGCACGUAAAAAAGACAUUUUUCGGAGAAGCCUAAGUGAAAAAGCAACUGUGCGGCUUUUAAGUUGCCCGCAACAGGUCGUCUCAAUUUCCGUCAUCAAGUUUCGUGAGUUAGGUCGCAUACUGUACGUGCAUGUAUGCGUAGACGUGUUUGGUGUGUGUACGAGCACCAACCGGAGGUUCAGCUGACAUAGCGCGUUUGUCAUUCACCAACCCUCACACCGUCUAUUGCCUACGUACAAACCCUCUGUUGAGAAUUCGGUAAGAUGUGGUUUGGUAGCCCACCUGAUUGACGCAAUACUGUUGGGGUUGGGGUUAAGGGUUAGGGGUUAUGGUUAGGGGUAAAGGUUAAAGGUUAGGGCUAACGGUUAGGGUUUAGGACAAGGGUUUAUAGUUAGGGGUUAGGGCUAGGAUUAGGAGUUGGCACAACUAUUUUUCAACCAUUGAAAGUACAACCACACAUUUCCAAUAGCUUUUCUUUUGCACACAACUACUUGACCUCGUCGCCUGUGCGUUCCCCGGUUCCAUCUGUACAAACUCCUAUUACCACCGGUCCAGUAUUAGAAGUGACUGGGGUUUGUUUACUUCAGGUUGGGCUACCAAAACACAUCCGACAGAGAAUUCCCACGGGCAUGUUGUGCGCUGAAAAUAUGCAACUUGUGUAAUUAUUUACCGUACCAACGACAAAGGCACUAGCUAAAAACCAGACACGCCCGUUUCGCCGAUCUUGUGUCGCUGCCUGACUCAGCUGCGAGGGAUUCGGCUCGUCAGUGGGUCCAACAGCUUUCCCGUGUGUUUUCUGGUAUAUGAACUCCAGUUUCACCGUGCCUUGUUUAAUUUCCGAGGGAAUGAAUGCGAGAACUUGGAGUAACUCCUUCAGAACAGAUCUUUUCAGGCACGGCUCUAAAUUGGAUGUGAAUAUUUGAGCUAAUUUCAUCAGCUACUGCGGAAUUACCGCGUAAUAUUCCCAAACCGCCAACAGGCAGUCAGUAGUAUAAAAUUGUGUAAUUAUUUACCGCACUGACAACAGACAGAUUUCGCGGCUCUGGGCCAACGCUGAAGUCGUUCUGCGUGUUUAAAAUGACGCUGACCGGAGCACGUGCAGCCUAUGACAUGGCGAAUAUGUUGUCAUCUGAUGCACUUUGUUAAAGAUAGACGCCAUGCUCGUCCAGGAAUAUUUGUUUUGAGAGCGAAAUUUCAAAUAUCGAGCUUGGAAAGUAAUAGAUUUCUGACUGUCGAGUUCAGAGAUAGUCACCCUGGGCAAUAAUGGAAAGGGUGUUUUCGAAUUACAGACUGUUGGUUGACCACCGAUCUUGGAGUGUGAGAUACUGUUUAAUAGCUGGACAGAACUAGUAUCCGUAUGCUGACUUUUAUAUCCUUAUUACUAUGAAGUAGAGGUCUUUGGUUUCGACCAUUUCGUUGCUAAAACUGUCAUUUGGGGGAAUUGGACUGAUGUGCAACUUAAUUUUUGCAACUUAUGUCGCAGAAAUUCCCUCUUACCGACACCUAUUCGGGAAAUAGUCCAUUCCUCUAAACAGGCAACAAGGAACCUCAGAACCAGCUCGAAAAUCAAUACAUUCACGGGUGGUGACAUUUGGAGAUUGUAUUACUACGUCGGCGGGAUAAUUAUUACUUUAUUAUUAUCGGGAAAAUUGCCAUGAUGGAUGUGCAAGAGCAGGAAUGCAGACGGCUCAGUAGAGUUCAGAAUGUCCAGCCAUCCUCAGACUCCAUAAAGCAACCAGGCCGUGUUCGGAACACAUAAUCUAACCAGCCUAUAUUUGACGCUGACCUGACCGACUUCCUUGCUUUCACUAAAAUGGUGCGCCAAGGUCCCCGAAGAACCCGGUUUGCAGAUACCGAAGACCCAAAACACCGGCUUUAAGGGGAUUGCAAAAACCCAUCUGUUGUCAUGUCAGACAAAGCGAACCAUCACGAUCAAGUCGUAAAUUAAAUGCACUGGUAAAGAUGUCGCGCAGUCGGUGAUGUCAUUUACAGGGCGUUGCUGAUGUCAGAGAUUCAAAUUACAGUUAACUGCUGAGCCAGGAAGCGAAGACGACGGACGCACACAAGCCGCUGUUCUAUUCUCCUCCACCUACAGUAGAUGUGCUAACUCACGAAAUGUUAACCGAAAUUCUGAAAUGCGAUUUCGUCUCGAAAAGAUUACUUAAGUAGGGCUGUGAAAUUUAGUAUCAAGCAUCAUAAUUAUAUAAUAAUUCACUUACCCCAGGAUGUCAGCUUUCGGACAAAUAUCUUUCCGGCCGCAUGCAAAAGCCAUGCUCUGUAAAAAAUGAUUACUUAAUUAGCAUGCACUUUUCUCAUUGAUCUUCGAUGCCCUUCAAAUUUCAAUUAUAUUUCACGGACAACACGCAUAAAAAAUCUUCAUUCUUUUGCCCAUUCGGUAGAAUAUUUUGUCUUCUUUAAAUUUUAUACUUGAAGAGAGGGUACAAUUCUGUAUUCAACAUCAUUUCCGAUUCCCGAAAAAUUUUGAACCUGACCUGUCGUUACGCCCGCAUUAAAGGUUUCCAAACUACAAACCAUAUAUUUUCUGCGUACGGAAAACCAUACAUUUCUCUACGGUAUUAAGAAAAGACGAUAUGGGACUCAUAAAAUUUAGUAGUGGAUUUAAGCCAUAUUGUUAACUCUACAAGCAAUAUUAGUACAGUAGAUGUGCUAACUCAUGAAAUGUCAAUCAAAAUUUCGAAAUGGGUUCUCGUUUCGAAAAGACAAAUUAAGUAGUGUUGUAAAAAUAAUCAUGAUGCAGCAUAAAUCUAUAAUGAUCCAAUUACUUCAGGGUGUCAGCUUUCGAAAGAACUUAUUUUCGGCUGCAUGCAAGAUCUAUACUCUGCAAAAAAUGAUUACUUAUAUAGCAUACAAUUUUCUCAUUUAUUUUCGAUGCCCUUGAAAAUGCAAUUAUAUUUCAUGGAAAACAUGCAUAAGAAUAUUCAUUUCUUUACGUACUCGGUAGAAAAUCACGUCUUCUUCCAAUUUCAUUCUCAAAAGAAGAGUAUAAUUCGGUUUUAAAAAACUUUUCUAAUUCCCGAUACAUCGGCCGCACAACGAGACGCCUGGUAUAGAGAGUACGUGAACAUAUGCCCGCCUGGCUAGACAGAGGUGAGACCCGGUCGAUUUCGAGUUCUAUUCUCGCGCAUUUAAUCGAUGCGAACCACCGAGUCGAUGCCAAGAAAGCAUUUCAGGUUGUCUACCGGACAACAACAUGCUUCUCUAAAGGCCUACGCCAACGGAUACUAGCAACGGCAGAGGCAGUAGCUAUACGGUUAGUGAAUCCGGUGUUAUGCUGUCAGAAAACUCUGACACAAGCGCUUUCGCUGCCGUGGCCAACGCCAACGCCAACGCCAACCCCAAGUGAUGAAGCCAUGCCGCCUCAAAUCCCUAAUCACGAUGAUGGGUGCUCCGUGUACUCAACCCAAGAUCAUUACUCAAAGACUCUCUUACCCCCCUCCCCUAGCCCUGACGACUAACACCCGCCGACCUUCUCAUGCGGGCGGCGUGGGGAUGAUGAGUGUUAGUGACUUAAUAGCCCUUGAGGCAUCUAUAAACACUGUUGAUUUUGUACAUUUUCAUUCGUUUCAUGUAAUUGUAUUGGCCUGAGGAAGAAUUACCGAAAACGUGCGUUCGCCAACUUGACUUUUCAAUUUUAACAUGGGAAUAUUUGCGGAAUUCCCGAAUAAUUUUGAACCUGACAUGUUGUUACACUUGCAUUCAGGGUUUCAAAACUACAAGUUGUAUAUUUUCCGUGUACGGACAACCAUGCAUUUCUCUACGGUGUUAAGACGCGAUAAUAUGAGGUUCAUAAAAUUAAGCAGUGGAUGUGAGCAAUAUUGUUAACUUUACAAGCCACAUUCGUAAAUGCAGAUACAUGACGUUUCAUGAACGGCCAUUUAACGGUAUUAAAAAAUCUCACAAUUAGAAACUUUGUUGAAACCGAAUUAUACUCCCAUUUAGAAUAUAAAAUUAGAAAAAGACACCAUUUUCUGCCGAAUAAGUAAAGGAAAGAAUAUUUUUAUGCAUGUUUUCCAUGAAAUAUAAUUGCAUUUUCAAGGGCAUCGAAAAUCAAUGAGAAAAUUGUAUACUAAUUAAGUAGUCAUUUUUGCAGAGUAUAGAUCUUGCAUGCAGCCGAAAAUAAGUUCUUUCGAAAGCCGACAGCCUGAGGUAACUGGAUCAUUAUAGAUUUAUGCUGCAUCAUGAUGAGGUUUACAACACUACUUUAAUUUUCCAAGAACGGUACACUGAUGACGUUUUCGUUCGCGUUCAGCAGGCCAAGACUGAGUAUUUCAUAAUAUGGACCGUUUCCACCAGUGACACGCUGGUAAGCAGGCCCAUGAUACACCAAACCCUAGUUUUCUACUAAUUGGCCAAGUCUAGGAGGGGCUCUGCUUCAAGAGCGCUGCCACCAGUGUCGUACCUGGAGAGCGAUCGAUGACAAGUGUUCAGACAGUCGACUACCGUAGAACAGGCGCUGCAUGUUUGUAACGAGCUUUCAGUUUCCCGCAGAGGAAUUGCGUACAGAUGUUUUAUCGUUUAGUGGGGAAACUCUACAACGCGUCAGUUGCCAUGAAAAACCAAACUUCAACUACUUCCCGGAGUUUUUAAUGGGUAAGAUAACUCACAGGCAUCUCUUGAGAGGUAAAUGUAGUCCUGGGGCGACAGUCGUGAGUUAUCCGGCCAGUCCAAUCCACGACAGGGUCUCAUACGUCAAAAGAUGUCUGGACGAAUGGGACGAUGCGAGUGGAAACCCAGAGGCUCAAACAUUAUCUCAUAUCGCUCGAAUUGUGCGCGAUUCCGACUUCGAUGUCGUUGAGCUCGUCACUGCAGGCGACGCGACAACUGCGAAUGGCACGACUGUCAAGCGAAGGGUCCACGUUGUCUUCCGACAAAGAGCCAGAACCACUGGUGCUGUCAGCGAGGCGUUAGUUGAACAGGCUCUGUAACCGGCUCCGUCAAAGACGUGCAACAUCGAUCUGUCCCCAAAAGAUUUGUCAAUUUUCUGGUGAAGUUGCAGCCUACUAAAUCCAGACUACAGCGUGAGACUUUAUGAUUUUCUUAGCGGUUCGACGACUUCUGAAUAGAGACUGUUCCGCGUUUCGCGUUGCUCCUCCUCUUUUGUUAAAAAUAACUUUCGGUUACACAUAUAGAUUACAGAAGUCGAGGUACAUAGGUUUUUCAUCGAAUCACGACGAAAUUAUAGGACAUAACUUAUUUUAUCCCAUUUUUUCCGACAACACCUUGCUCUUUUCUAUUCACGUAGCGGAAAGUUUAUUGAGGUAGGCACGUUUUAACCAAUGGAAUUCCUAUCCCCUCUUGAACAGGGGACAGUUUAUGCUAAGCCCCAUGUUUGCAUUUUUUGUGUAAAAAAAACCCAGAGGCGCUUCUUAUUGUCGCCCUGUCACAGUGAACAAUAACCCCGCAAAGACAAGACCCGGGACAUAAAACACAAACAAGUUCACGUGUACAAACAAUCUGUAUCACAUUGUUUCUAGGCCCUUCAUCGAAACGAAGGUAAUCAGCCCUUCAUCAGUUGGAGUUCUCUGUUUCUACAGAACAGGCAUGCAUUCAUUCAAAAAUAAGCGUACUCCGAUCCGCUGGCUUCCCGAAGCCGACAGGCCCUAGUUAAGUGGGAGGGAUCACGAAGAUGCAACCACCCGACAGUUCGACCGUCGAUUCUGACGAUUUCUACCGUGUGCUACACACCAAGGUGCAACGGGCAAGGGGACUUGUGCGGGAAUUAGUUUAAAGUGAUGGUAGACUUGGGCCACAUCUGCCGCACUCUCUCUUCCCCACUCCCCAUCUGUAAUCGGUAUCAAGACAGAGGAGAGAAGACCGGAUGUGGGGGGAGGAAGCAGGUGGCUGGCACGGCCGGACCCGCACUUAGGAUAAUCACAAUACCAUGCACUUAACCGGAAUUUUUAGCCAUCAACAACAACAAAAACACCGCAACAGGAGUCAGCAGGACGAGGAUGAUGACUGGGCAGCCAUGCCCACCACCUGUAUACCCAGCGGGAGCGAACGCGCAUCUAUCGGCAGGGAACCAAGGUGUCAGGGAACUGCCAGCGCAUACCAGGCUGCGAGGGUCAUAGUUUGCUGAUACUGGCAUAGUACACGCUUUCAGACCUUUUGACUUGCAACCACCCACCAGGCCAAACUCGACAACUACAAGUUGUUAAUGGACGCCAGACGGAUGGACCAGGCGGCCUCUUACACGCAGUCUAAAGAGCGCAAAGCGCCUUAAGGUUUAAUAUGAGGGUGACAUUUCCUACCUUAAAUAAAAGAGAUAGUUGCAUGCGCCGGGUGCAUAUAAAGGUAAAUCACUGCAACUCCAACUAUCCCCUCUAAACGAAAUUAAGGGCCAAUCUUAUAUGACCCACCCUAAGUAGAAGAGGGUUGUUUGCUUUGUGUAAACAUAUUAUUACAAAAUAAGGCAGUGCUAUCGUUGAGCAAAAGGCCUCAAAUCCUCCAGACAAUUUUUUUUCACUCCAGGGGGUGGGCUGGCCGUAGAACGCGGACAGUCAGCUUCCUAGAAUCUAGAGGGACAAUACCUUACAACGAAGUUCCCCUCUAGCUGAGUUGUUAUCGUCAAUGUCGCCGUUUGUCUUAGCAACAGAGACGAGAACUCACGCAAUCCGGACCUAACGCUGUCCUGCGUAUCCGUCUACUGUCCUGAGCUCAGUAACGGGAUAUCUGUCUGACUAGGAGGUUGCCUGUCUGGCUAGCUGCAGGGCGGCCAUUAUAAUGUGACCUCAAAAUAUAUUUGUACUGAUAUUUUCAAAGUUGUGCUUUUGGUAAGGGGACAUUUAUGGUCACGAAACUAGGCGUUCCAUCGCCAUUAUCGCAGUCGCCUUCAGGGCUGAAGCAGCUAACUGUGUAACUGUUUGCCGGGUGUCGGCCUUUUGGCCGAAAACCGUUGCGAGAAUUUUUGACAACCAGUUUUUACAACCCCAGGUAGGUGCUAUAAUUACUACACUGGUCGUCAACUGAGGUAGGGACGAAGACAGAAACGAGGAGCCACAGUGAUGCAUUGACCUUCUCUGGAUUGCCAGAUUCUACGCCAGGGCGGGAUGGCCCUGUUCGGUUUAACAAAAACUGUUAAAUUCACCAAAGAAGGCAGAAUGGCAUUACCGACAAAGACAAGGGAGACUGGAAUGGCCAUUUCUGGCUUAUUAAUAACCGCCGUCAUCCUGUCACACCCAACCCCGAAGUGUGGAAAACCCGAGACUCGAACUCGCGACUUGUUAGUUAGAUGUCCACGCCUCUAACCACUGGGCCACGAGCCCGUUGCCCUGUCGGUUUCGAUCGGGAAAAUACAAUGGUAGGGGGCGCUCACCGAUCGUUCUUACGAAACUCACUCGUUCCGCUGUGCCCUAUGGGCUCUCUCUCGAGCCCUAUUAACAGCCGCAGAACGGGGCAUGAUUGGCUGACGACGACUAAUAAGCCAGAAACGGCCAUUCCAGUCUCCCUUGUCUUCGUCGGUAAUGCCAUUCUGCCUAUAUCAUGCGCCGCUGUGCGGCUGCUGGGUGGGCUCGAGAGAGAGCCCAUAAGGCACAACGGAACGAGGGAGUUCUGUAAGAACGAUUGGUGAGCGCUCCCUACCAUAAUCAGAAAAGGUUGAAGUGCCAGUUGUCCCAACGGGAAAAUUAAUGAGCUGUCAAGUCACACAGAUACUCUGCAGGGCCAUUCAGCGUUCCCAGGGAAUAAAUGACCAUACAUGCAUAUCAUAACUACUACUAUUACACCAGUAAUAUGGCUACAACUACUUAACUCCUUCAAGAUAGAGAAAAACGCCAAUAAUGCAGGAUCCGUCAUCUCUGAAAAACACGUACUUUAGUUUGAUUUUCUUUACGACACAGAGAUUCGGUAACGGGCAGUUAAUUCGUCCACCUGAUGCCACAGUCCGUUAAGGAGCCUGUUCCACUGAAUUCAUCUUCAUUCUAGAAUGCAGAUGUUGAUGAGGGGUUUUGGUCCAGGAAAGCAGGAAGUGGUUUUCCACUCGUUUCGACAAGGCCACUGUCACACUGCGUCUGCCAAUGGGGCCGCACGUGUCGCUACGGCCCGUGUUUUCCUACUUGACUAGAGCAAGUGUUCCCCCCUGGAUCCGGAAUUCAGACAGAUGACAGAACACCCGAGUCUAUCGCUGUUAGCCGCUCAUGGUUAAAGUCUGUCCAGGGAGCUGCCGCACUUUGUGGCGACCGACGCUGUUGCCCCCUUCUGGCAUAACACUGUAGCUUUGUAUGGCGAUCGUCCUAACCUCUGAUGUUAGACGUCUUAGUUAGCGGGCGUCGUGGCACUACUUCCGGACGUAUUUCACGUUGGAAAUGCGGAUGUCUUAGCUGAGGCAUGCAAGCAAUUAACAGCCUUUUAAGGGUGUUCGAAAUUUUCUCCUCCAACAUUGGGAUUUUUGGAACCUGCCCACAAAACAGCACUGGCUAUAGGGCAUAUUUGCGACCUUCGUGGGUUUUUUGGCAGGCUGAUGCGGUUGCUUUUUUCAAAAUUCAAUACCACCUCCCUCGCAUAGCAGUCCCAAAUCACAAAAAUUAUCCAACAGCGUAAAACAGCUGGAUGAUCAAAUUCAAUUUCGGAAUAACUUUGCUCGAAGGGCGGAAUAACCAGGGAAUUUUGAGAGCUUUUCCUUGUUAUGUCCGCCGUAGACGGUGAAGACCACCAUUGAUACGGAUGAGACCCAGCGGUGACUUGCUCUACCACUAGCUCAUCUCACUCUGCCUUGGAGCUGAAAUGCGGGCGAGUUCAGUGCCAGAUAAGGCAAAAAACCCUUCUUCUGUACGACUGCUUCCCGCAACUUGCCUCUUCGUUUUUCCUAGCAAACUCCUCUAUGCGUGCCACGCACACCCUGUUCCCUCAGCGACACGCAUACUGGACAUCCAUGAGGAAGUACCGGGUUUCCUGGAUGUGGGAGUACCUCAAGUUUUACAUUAAGAGGGAACCAUUAUAGUCUAACCAUCGUUCCUAGAGAAACCAAGUUAUUCUGUUGGCUAUCCGAUUUCCAGGUUAAGACUCUUAGCGCGUCGGGAUUGUACCGAAAUUAUUAUAGUCCUGAAUGCGCUAAGUUGCCUUAGAGGUGGGCACUGCAGCAUCUGCCUAGCCCUACCAUCCUUUAAUCAUCCGCUGACGGCCUGUCUGAAUCCUACGACUACCUGCUUACGAGACAGGUUCGGUGGUUAAGACGUGCAUCGACGUGUCGCACUCAUGUUCCUGCUAUGGGCUGAAUGGCCUCCAGUGUACAGUCUACAACGCCUUUGAUGUUUUACGUGUUUUAGUGAAACAAACAGUUUCGCCUAGCGUCAGUUUCGAAGUUUGGUAUGAACACUCCUAAUCCACCACAGGAUUUAAACCGAUGUCUUCUGAUAUAUUAGUCCCGCAAUUCGGCAAUUAUGCCGAAGUAUUUUAGAACAUUUUCUGCCCAAGCAAGGGCUAUAUGAGUCCGAAUUCCUGCGACAUUCCAUCAGUAAAAUAUCCAACUUUACAUACUUUCGUUUUUGUUUACUGCGCUUCUUAGCAUACUGCGUCUAAAAUCCAGUCCGCCCGCACGUUUAUUUUGUGCUUCCGGUUUCUUUUAGGCGGCCACUGCGUUGACAUUUCAGGCAUAAUCAAGGAUGGAGAACAGCAGUGUAAGACCUAUUUAACCGUCCCCUGUUUUUUUUUCAAAAACCGAAUAUCCACAUUUGCGCGGCCAGAUUUUUUCUGUGUUUUAUCGUAUCGCAUAUCUCAGUUCUCGACCCUGCAUAAAACACCCAAUGGGUUGGGCCUAAACGCAGGCGUGCACAGAUUGAUGAACUUGUAGACUUCGAGGGAAGAGGGUCAUCAUGGUCCCUAAAGGAGCCAUCAUUCCCCUGGUCCUUACAGGCUGUCGAUGAGAGCCGAACGAUCGGGUUUGCACUGCGUGUGCCCUUUGGAACCAGUAGGCGGGAGUCGGAAUUCACAAGCCCUUUCCAAUGGUGGGCUACAGUUGGCAGUUGGACACGAGAGUAAGUCCGUCGCAGUAUAUCCCAAUAUAGAGUCUACUUAUUCGAUUUAGGUAGGUGGAAAAAUCAGUUUAUCAGCGGAUAGGGCUACUUGCAGACCCGGACUGCGGAACUCAUUGGCGUGUCAGAGGUUAUUAGAGAAGACUGGCUGCGUGAACAUGAGGCGUACUGGCCACCGCUGGAAGUGUGUGCGUAAAGCCAACGGGUCUAAGCACCAGCCCAGAACGUACUGGAUAUCGUUUACUUCCCAGCUAUUGGGAGCAAUCGUUUGGUAUGCCUAUGCAAACCCAGGACGUAUGCGUGGCCCCGCAUGACGUUGUUUGCUUCCGCGGAUUAGCAGGCGCAUGGGUUCACCAAUCGGGGAUGCCUGCGCGAACCCUUUCACGCGGCCAGAUGGGGUACCAAUGGAAGACCGGCUGAAGACAGCGAUGUCACAUGAAACGGUAGAUAAAGCGUAGAAAGAAACUGCAGAUCUUGGUUUUCGGGCCAUGGAGCUUCUAACCGGAACAAUGAGGGUAAGUAAGAGAAGGGUGAUUGGCUGCCGACAUUGGCAUGGGAGAAGAGCGGGGGACGCAUUCCCGCGAGCCAGUAGAUGACAAACAGAAGACCAAGUAAGAACUAAGAAGCUCACUGACACUCACCGUCCGAUCUCAUUGCCCAUCAGCAGGAAAUCGGUCGGUCUCUGCUAGGUAUGAUCUAACAGAUUCGCAAGACGAAUCUAGGAAUGCGUAAGCCCACAACAGCGAUCUAGGCAUCAUCCACUGGAUUAGAAAGGAAUCUAAGUAUGGGGCCAUUGGGACACACGGCAAUGUCUCUCGAGGACCAAGUAGAUUUCCUUCGACGUUGUUGGCAGCAUGGCUUGCCUUCUACAGUUUGAAGUCGUUGACUGAAUUAAUAAUAAUAAUAAUUUUUUAUUAAAGACAACAGCCGGCAACACGAAAACAGAGCAAAUGACCAUUUCAAGCGACCUUGUUGGUGACUAAUACGAGACCGACCGUCGAAUAUGACGCGCAUCGGACACGUUAUGCAAGAUUUAGGCGAAAGUGGCAGGAAUCAAUUCGGCCGACUAAACUUCAACCAGAUAUGGAGGGAAGAAGGCGUUGUUGACGGAAGUAGGCCUCCACAGAUAAUUGUUCAUGUGUACCAAACUAAAUCAACUAAGUAGGCGCUACAGGAAUGUAAUCCCCGUGUCCAACCUAGUCAGCAAAUUAGGACGGAUAUGCGAGACGUAUCCUGCGAAGAGCAGGAAUACGGUAGGAGUUAUUUUUUGUUUCGUUUCCCUUAUCGGUAGGCUGCAUCUCAGUCUCAGGUAGAGAAAGCCAGAGAUUCGAACACGACCCCCUUGGUUAUUGCGCGUUAUCCCAUACUCGUUUCUGCAAUGCUUCUAAACUAUUCCUUGCCUGUUGUCAGGAGACCGCCUGCAAUUACUGUAGGCUGGAGCUCUGAGGCAAAACGCCGUGCCGGUAUAGCCUAGUGCGAUCAGAUUUUCGCCUUCAAGUUCCGCUUGCGUGACAAACGGAUUAAACUCGAAAUUACAGAACUUGCCACAGUAGUCUAGUGGUUAGAUUGCUAUACGGGUAAAGGGACCAUCGAUUUAAUUCUCGGUUGGAACUUAAAGUUUAUUGUGCCUCUAGUCUUAUGUUUCAGGCUGGAAUUGUAAUAAUUCGCGAAAUCAACCUACACAAUUCCUGCAAAAGAAGCUCAGAUCAGCUUAUUUUUUACUCUUCAUUACGAAUAAGCCACCGCUACAGUCAACUGAUGUCUUCUCUUGCUUUCAAGUUUACCUAAAAUCUAUUAAUAGGAACUUCUAACUGCCUAAAACAGUGGUAAACAUGUGGCAACUUUAACUUCCUCCAACACAACAAGCGUAAAUUACUCCGAAUUCUCUUUCUAUCCUGCUGCCCAUUUACAUUAAUUUCUCAAGGUCACUGAUUGUUCGUUUAGUUUACGUCAAACAUUUAGUGCGCGCGCCCUCAUAGCAUUUUCCUUCCUUUUAGGCACCACCUGCAAUACCGGGAACGCACAAAUCAAGUACUACUCAAUAAUUUGUGAGUAAUUAUUUUUUUGAUUCCGUUAAUACUGGGUUUAAAACAUAAACAUUAAACAGCACAUUUCUUUAAAAGCAUCAGUGAUGUGAGCUGAGAACACCAGUUUGGGUUGUGGAUUUUCUCCUUUCAUCCCGCAAUGGCUGGAAGUGAAGUAUGUGAGCAGACGUUUUCUGAGCGCUACGAGUCGAGGGACCGCUCCCAAUGACUGCUGAUUUUAUAAACCUCCUACGCUACUGACUACAGCCGUACUUCACUUCCAAUCGACAAAGAACUCAGGGAAACUACGACGCACGUUUCGGUCCGUUUUAAACGUCGUUUUUGGCGAUGAGUACAGUUGGUGUUUCCCAAAUGUCAAUUUUGACCGUGGAGGCCGCAUCAUUGUAACUGUUCAACAACUCAUGUCAGCCCCAGAGACAUAAACGAAUGCCAACUUCACAGACCCGGCUUGCUGAAACAAUGGUCUCUGCUCCCCUCCCUCCACCCCUUGGUGGGGGGGAGUCAUUAUACUCGGGAUUCAGAAAGUCCGCUCCCAGGAGACAAGUCCCAAACUCCAAUACUAACUACUCCCAAUCAUGCACUGUCAAUGUGCACUGCGACAGAAGCCCUGAACGACUCCAUCAUUGUGGUCUGUUCACCACGGAUCAAUACCCUAUAAUUUUGGGGGGACGAAGAUUCAGAGACCGAAAAAGAGUUGCCAAAGUCGGGAGAACCAUCGCCUAGCAUCAAUGAGGUCUUUGAGGCCGUCUUUGGGUGCAGUCCUAAAUACUCGUGUCGUAAGCCAGUUCGAUGCCCAUUUUGGAGAUGAUGAUAAGACCAAGUGACGAGCACACAAGACUAGAAUGCGCGCACAUGGGCCACCAACGCCCAAACCUUAUGAAUUUGACUCCACUAUCAACAAACUUUUAGGGUCUGGACUGGUUUUCUUGGACAAUUUCGGAAUCACCGCAGCAGCAAACUCGCCCUCCGUUCAACAAGACAUCGCCAUCAGCAUCAACGUCUUUAGUGGCAAACAAACUAAGGCUCCUGCUUCUACGCGCGUCUUGAGCGCUGUUUUAUCCACAAAAGAGCGGUCGGGUCGAUUUGGGGUACAAGUCUUUGUUCAGCGUAAACACUCGUUCGGCCUUAACUUGCGUAUGGCUUCGUUUAUUGCAUCGCCUGGUUUCUAUAAUUUUUUUUCGUGUGCUUCGAGACGCACGUAUUGGCCAGAUGCACACUUAUGAGGGACUUCUAGACUUCCAUAGUAAUCGUCCAACUUCUGAUUGGUUGUCUGCGUGUGCCAGUGAAGUCGCCCGACUUAGUGCUAACUUCUGGAUGGGUGGUUAUGUUUCCCACUCACGUAACGCGCGUUGUCUGUUCUCACAUGCGCUUAUCGUUUGGUCCUUCCUAUAUGGAGUUCUGUGUAACAAAUGCAAUAGGCGGGGACUACGCCACACCAGCCAUUGUACCCAGUUUCAUCACCAAACGGUCUACAAACUUUGAAAGGUCUUUUCUGAUCAGGAAAAAGAAGAGUACGACUGGUAAUAUAGAAGAGUCUUCCACCAUGGUAAAUCGGCACAUUCAACACAAUUAUAAAUUUUACGCACUAACAGUCGCGGCUUUGAAGGCUUCCAACCUAAGGAAUAGUUCGGUCCCUACAUUGGAGCAAGAUUUGGGUUACAACGGUUCUCUGAUGGUACGCCCACAUGCAUGAGAGUUGAGCGCCUCCUUGAAUGAAACCUGUAUCAAGUCGCGUGUAGCACACAGACGGGCCGGUUGUCUUCGUCAGGCAUUGCAUUGUUUUAUCUUUUGAGAAAAGAAUGAGACAGGUGCGCCGUCAUUGAUAGACCCACACACCGUAAGUCGCGACUGCGCCCCCUCCCAUGGAACAGUGGUGGACCUCGUCCAAUGCUCCGAUCGGAUUGUCGUCUAAUACCCCCCCUAGGUGUUUUGCCUUGUAAGCUCCUCUCAUUCUGUUUUUCGAUCUCUAUAGGUGUUUGGCCGACUGACCCUUUCCUAAUUUUUGGCAUCGAGAGAGGCCCGUGCGCAGUCAAGAAAAUUCCUAAAUUAUCUGAACUCUGUCUCGUUUGCAUCCUUAUCUUGUUUGAAAUUACAUCCGUCCAUGUUGCAGCACUGAGACUCUCAUCUUGGGCCCUGCAUGUGGUCGCACUAGCGAUUGAAGGUUUCACUGCGUUCGGCUGUAUGUUCUACUUGGCAAAGGUUCGCUGCUGUACGGAAUCUCCCAGUGCACAAAAGGCCCAAACCUGUCUCAGCGCAUCCGGUUUUCUCCUUUGGACAGCAGGUAUAUCCUUGUGUUUUAAAGAUAGCAAGCAAUGCCUCCGAAAAUCAAAUAUACAUGUAUAAUGGUAGAGGGGCGCUCACCGACCAUUCUUACCGAAAUCACUUUUUUCGGUGUGCCUUACGGGCUCUUUCUAUCUCGAGCCCAGCCAGCAGCCGCACAGCGGCGCAUGAUUUGAACAGAAUGUUAUUAUCGACAAUGACAAGGAAGACUGAAAUGGUUGCGGGAUCGAGCCCCAGGUGUUCUAUACUUCGGGGUUGGGUAUGACUGACUGAUAACAACUACUAAGCCAGAAAUAGACAUUCCAGUCUCCCUUGUUAUUGUCGGUAAUAACAUUUUGCAUAUAUAUGUAUAUAUUGAGACCGAGGCUCAGGCGUUGUAAAGUGUGGGUUUGGGCAAAGCUGGCUGGCUGGCUGAGACGACUAAUAAGCCAGAAUGGGCUUUCGCAGUCUCUCUUGUAUUUGUCAGUAUUGUCCUUCUGCGUAUGCAGAUGAAGGGGUACCAACAGAGACGAGAGAGAAUCGGUGAGGCUUCUUCUUUCUUAUUAGCCAUCGUUAACAGUCAUAGCCAAACCGAGGUUCGACAAACCUGAGUUUCGAACUCCGGUUCUUUGGUUAUCCAUCGUUAAGUGGUCCAGCGCUAUGCUACGGAGCCAAGGGUGCUUUUUGGUAAUACUCAUGGAUACGUUACGACUAAUAAUUGAGAACAGGCGUGCACAGCAGCAUUUCAGGGUAGGGGGAAAUUGCUGCAAAAUUGGAGUAUCUACCAGAAAGCAGACGGGGAAUGCUGGGGGACCCACUGAUGAGCCGAAGCCCUCGCAGCUGUGUCAUGCAGCGGCAGAAUAUCGGCGAAGCAUGCGUGUAUGGACCUUUGGCUAGUACCUGUGCUGUUAGUAUGGUAUCCCCUUACCCUGAAAUAUACUACCAGCUGCCUGCCCGCAGUUAAUGAAUAUUAUGCGGUUACCAGCUGUGACUGAUGGACUUUGUCCCAAAUAGUCAUGACAUAAAAAUUUCGGUCUGAGUCUGUAGACCUAGAAUAUACUGAUCAACUCCAAGUUCGCACUUAACUUCUGAGGAAAUUAAAAAGCAACAACAGCAGAAGUUAUAAGUAACGACAAAUUUCGUGACAGCUCAUCAACUGCAACCCGUCUUUGCAUAGAAGCGAACAGCAGUUUGUAUUUGUACAGAAUGCCAGUACAUAAGAGCUAGGUCAGAGUUCACUGCAACGCAUGAUCUUCCAUUCAUAUACUCGAAGGAAGGGUUUAAUUGGGUGUUCAAAAUCUGUUCCGAUUCCUGAAUAAUUUUGAACCCGCUCUACCGUUACACUUGGAUUCAGGGUUUCCAACCUACGAGCCGUAUAGUUUCCGCGUACGGAAAACCAUACAUUUCUCUACGUCACUAAAGGGGGGACCAUAUAGGCCUCAUAAAAUUUAGCAGUGGAUCUGUUCCAUAUUAUUAUUAACUUUACAAGCCACAUUAGUAAAUGCAGAGGCAUGAUGAUUUAUGAACAGCCAUUUCACGAUACUUAGAAGUCCCGCAAUUAGAAACUUUUUUAUGUCCGAAUUAUGUCCCUCCUUCGAGUAUAAAAUUAAAAGAAAAAGUAAUUUUCUACCGAACGAGUUAAGGAAUGAAUAUUUUUAUGAAUGUUUUCCAUGAAAUAUAAUUGAACUUUUAAAUGCAUCAAAAAUCAAUGAGAAAAUUCACGCUACUUUAGUAUGCAUUUUUUGCAGAGUGUAGUUUUAGCAUGCAGCCGAAAAGAAUUUCGUUCGAAAGCCAGCAUCCUGAGAUAACUGAACUAUUAUCGAAUUAUACUGCAGACUGAUUAGUUUUACAACUCUAAUUAAUUGAUCUUUUCGAAACGAAAACGCAUUUCGGAAUUUCAAUUGACAUUUCAUGAGUUAGCCCACCUACUGUAGUCCUCUCUGUCGUGCAGCAAAAGUGCCGCUUGACAGUGUUCGAGACGUUAUCCACCUUAAAAGUUAGGAGCAUAACAACGGACAUUUUCGGCGCGGACUGUUCCGCCAAUUUUGGCCGUAAAGGUUUGCUGUACUUUUGAAUGAAGCGUGCAGGAUAAACACGAACAAGUAUCCAGGGUCUCAGUGGAUCAAAUAUUUCUCGCUUUUUGAAAAAUAGUAUAUACCAUAAUUCUUCUCCGUUGUAUUUGCUGGAAGCUUUUAGCAUUUAAAUGUUUUCCUUUCCACGUAAUUUUGAGGAAGACAGAGCGCCUUAUUGAACCAUCAUCCCCUCUAAACAUGAGGACGUCUACGAAGUGUAGCUUGUUACACUGCUUCAUUUCGAUCGGGAAUUAAAUUUUCGGAUGAAAAUUAUUCAUCUCAAUAAUUAGGUCGACGGCGUCUUCCUUAUUAUUAACAAUCGUGAAUAUAUCAACCACAUAUCUACUGUCUGACUAAUAAGCCAGGAAAAGUCAUGCCAGUCUCACUACUGGCCGCUAUGCGACUGCUUGCGAGGACUCUAAACUGAACUUCACCGCAUCACAGGACGAGUAUGUACCCUAAGUAUCUACCCUAUCGUAAUUUGAAUCUAAGAAAAAAAUGCGACCUCGGGAACCACAAUUUUACUGUCGUGAUGCUUCAAAAAGAAAACAAGAUUCUACCGUCGGAUGUGAGGCGGCAAGACGCUCGAGGACUCCUUCCUCACUCCUUUCUCCCUGCCGCCCGACUGCAAACGUAAACCUGUCUACAAAUACUGUGAGGCACAAUACCACAAUCACCUUCAACAAUGGAAGCUCGUUUGCUUUUUAAACGUCAGGACAGUAAAACCAUGGCACCCCACAUCACUUUUUCUUCUCAUUUAUGUCGGAGAACGUGCAUCUUCCUUUCUAUUAGCAAUAUUUAUAUUGUUCGGGACAAUACUUUAUAAGGUCAGACCGAAAAUGUUAAUGGACAUCUAAGUCGAGAACAGUCAACUACUGUGGAAUGAGCACGUAAUGUAUACUCGAUAAACAAUUAGUACUGUCAGUAUUAUGCUUUUAUAUGGUAGAUGUCUGCACCGUACUAAGACAUAGAUACUAGCUAAAAGCCCAGACAUAUUUUUCGUUGGCCACUUAACUCCACGUCCCACACCCAAUAAUUUAUGAACUUUUUGGCAGGAUCUAUAUAUAUUUAUUAGGGAGAUGAAAUUUUUUGAGAAACUGUAACUUUUAGUGUGUAAAUUUUCGAGACUGCUCCCUCAAGAAAAGUUACAGGUUCCCAAAGAAUUUCAUCUUCCUUGUUAAAUUUCUCGGGACGCCUGUUUUCCAACUUAUAUAUAUUUGGAAAAAAACAAAGACUAUUCGGAAAAUCAGGUUGUAUUCAUGAAUUUUCAAGUUUGUGACACCAACUUGUCGUCACACCAAACGAAAAAAGGAGAAUGUGUCAUUUUCUCAAUAGACCUAUAUACAUGUAUACUUGAAAGAGAUUCGAACUUGGAUUCUUAUGUGUUACUGCGAACGGAUAUUUGGUAAGAUGUGGUUUGGUAGCCCCACCUGAUGAACACAAUACUGUUGGGUUUGGGGUUAAGAUUAAGGAUAAGGGCUAGGCGUUAUGGUUAGGGAUUAGGGCUAAAGGUUAGGCUUAGGGGUUGGGCUUUAGGGCUAGGGGUUAUAGUUAGGGACUAGGGUUAGGGUUAGGGGUUAGCGCCACUAUUUCUCAACGCCUGAAAGUAUAACCACUUACGCCGAAUAGCUUUUCUUUUGCAUACAACUACUUGACCUCGUCGCCUGUGCGUUCCCCGGCUCCACCUGUAAAAACCUCUAUUACCACCGGUUCCGUAUUAGAGGCAUCUGAGGUUUGUUUACUUCAGAUGGGGCCACCAAACCACAUCCGACCGAAAUAAGUCCUUUUUACAAAUGUAAUAAACUGUAUGCUGUAAAUUUUUUGCAGUCUUAAAAGAAGUAUGCACCUUCCUGAAGACCAAAAUUUAGAAUCCCUCCGCAAAAUCGGCUGUCAUAACUGACUCACUCCAUUUAACGUGUAGAUAGCAAUCUUCUUUAAAUCCGCUAUUGCAUCAGCACACCUAACAAUGAAAUUAUACCCAAAUCGCAUGUCUAGAUGUAAACGUAGAUUGAAAUCCUUCUCCGUAGUCUGUUUAAACACAAAUUUGGACCCAACAGUUAGUAGGCAAGGCAAACAAGUUACAUCCGGCCUCCGGAACCCUGACGGGAACCCUGUGAAAUACGUUUUAUCAGAAGUGUACGUCGUGCAGAUUUUCCGGAUAUUGAAGUGAUGAGAGUUUUUAUUGCAAAAAGCCAGCAUCUAAAUUUGGCUGUCAACAACAGCCAUUCAGUGCACAGUUUUUUGUCAUUUAUUGCAAGGGCUGACAUGCCUUUCAUCUUCCUCCUUUCAGCCAUUUUCGCAACGAUAGGAAACAUUGUCUUCUCGUACGGGCUUACCACCGAAAAGAUCUACUCAGGCGACGGGCUAAAUGCCGUCUACGCUAGCCAGUCGGCGGUAAGGCAAAAAAUGCUGAUCUUGACAUUUUUGCGACCGCUUUAUACCACCCAGUUAUGUUUUAACUAUUAAACGCCGCGGAGAAUUCGCGAAAAAGAUGACGAUUGUAUAUCUUUUGAGGAGGACAAGUCCGGCGCGGACUAAGACACUGCUUCAUUAUUUAAAUAUAUACCCCGGCAUGAGCACCCAGAAAAUCUUAAAUGUCGGAAAAUUUAGUUUCUAUGGAGCCAAGAAUAGCAAGUAGCGUUUUGUUCAUUCUUUGCGCUCCAUAAAUGGUGAUUCGUUCAAUGUGACCCUUAACUAGGCCACGCGAUAAAUGUGCUGGACCAGCAUGGAACUAGAUCGGGGUCCAGCAGACGCUAUUGAGAAUGUGAACGCCUAACAAAUUCCAACAUUUGGGUUAUGGUCACACGCCCAGGUGCAGGCUCACGCCGCGCUGCUUUGAAUCCGAACCGCCGCCCUCUUCUCUUAUUGUGCGUAAAAUCCUGGUCAGUGUGCGUUGUAGACCAGGGAGUGUGGUGGUACACCUAGAUAUGGGUUUACGCUGCGCCAGCUACCUGCGGCCUCUCCUACCUCCGGCCUUCUGGACUUGGUCAUGGCACCGGGCCCGGGGCGGGGGGGAGGAGAGGGUGUGGUAGACGCGGCGCAAGUUUACUAUCAUUAUUCGAAAAAUCCGACGCAAGUCACCGUCUCCGCUUUCAUCGUGCUGUGGACAUCACCGUACAAUGGACAUCGUCGGUAACGACCAUAGUACUGGCAUAUUCGUUCGCUACACUAUUAUCCUGCCUCUUUAAUGUAGUAUUAGAAGCCUAAAACAGUCAAUUGCAGGGUAUUGUUUCAAAAUGCAGGAUCGCCCUUUGCCUAGAUCAGUGUUUUGUCCAUCUUCUGCGUGCGGAGAAGACGGCAUCAAGUCCACUUUGCAUGCUUUCAACAAACUUUGCGAUCCCCGUCAAAGAUCGUUAUUUUCACUCCGGGCACAACGUCAUAACCAAUCAGGAGCACCUUUAGCUGAUGAUGCAGUGAAGCGUUACCCUCUCAGAUGCUUCAGUCGUACAUUCUGCGAAGGGAGCCUGUCGGUGACAUUGUCUCCCCGAAUCGCAAUCGAAUCUGGCGCCAUCAUUAUGGUGUCCAGUAAAACAUUAGGACCGAUGUUGUUGAGUCGAACCUGGACCGACGAUCUUGGGCGUUUGGGGAUGAAAUGUCCCCCGGACGAUGCCUGAGGUCAUGUCUCGGUAAUCGCUAGGUGUGGUCAACCUAUUCCCCUGUGAAAUCCCGAAUGACUGAUUGGCAUCCAGUCGCCUUCCUGGUCCAAUCGACUUUAUCCAGUUUCUAUUGAAUAUUUCUGGUGUCGCCUGCAUCGCACGCCACAGCAAGGUUGAAUGCUCGAUGCUUCCUUGACUUUCUCCGUGGCUCUACUUAUAACAGGGAAGCAGUCGACAUAAACAAACACUUCGGGUGUUAUAGAAAUACACAGAGAGGACUCGUAAAUCCUAUUGUUAUUCACUUUACAGUGACAUUCCACAAUUAGUCUUCAUUUAUUGAACCUGCAUUCAGGCAGGAACGCUUUUGUUGGAUGGGCCUAGUUGCCAUCCUCUUUCAAAAAAAUCAAUUAAGUUUCUCCCAAAACGUCCUUACUUGCCAUAAAAACUUAAUGAAAGUCCAGCGCACAUCCCUUUCACAAAACCUAAAUGCAUUCUAUUUGUCGCAAAUUACAUGUGUUGGUACGCGCAGUUCGAAGGUUUUAAUAUAACUUGUAAUAAGGACAACGAUAGGGUGUAGGACCUCCAACUAACUUGAGCUAGCCUGUGGACCGUGUCAUACGUUGAAUGGUGGUAGAGGGCGUUUUAGGGGUGGGACAACACACAGGCCUGAGGGCAAGAAGACACAGAAAAUCGAUAAAGUUCUGUCGAAAGUCUUAUUUUACGCUCUCAUUUGGCAAAGAAAGUGAGCGCGAUAAUUAAAAAAUAACCAAGAAGCAAUUUUCAUGAAAUAACGGUUUUUAAACAAAGCACCGCUUGUAAGUUUACAUUUAGUGUGGAAGAGGAGGAAAUUUCAGACAAUGAGAACUAUGAAUAAUAAGUGAUGUUUACAGACACACCGAAUCGUGGGAUAUAUAUUUGUAGUUGUCAUCUACUCUUCAGUCCUAAACCCUAUCGUUACCUCAGUAAGUUAGCUCUCUCAUGAAAUGUUAACAGAAAGUCUGAGAUAUGUUUUCGAUUGGAAAGGAUUGACAAAAUGGAGUCGUAGUAUUGAUUAUCCCAAGAUAUUCCAAUCACUCCAGGGUGCCGGUUUUCAAAUGCGUUUCUUUCCGACCACCUGCAAUAACCACUCACGUCAAAAAAUGACUGCUUACGGGAUUUUAAUUUUUCCAAGGUUUUCGAUAAACUUGUGAAUUUCAAUGUGUUUUAUAGAAAGCACGUGCAAUAAUAUCCCCUCUGAUAUUUUUUGGUAUCAGAUCACGUCUUCUAAAAAAUCUCUACUUCAAGACAGGACAUAUUGAAUUUUUAAAAGCAUUUAUCAUAAUAAGAUUUUUUGAAACCGUGAAAUGAACAUUCACAUAACAUUAUAACCAUUCAUGUUUAAGUGUCUUGUAUCAUGCAUCACAGUUCGCAUGAAGUGCGAAAUUGUAGGAGUUCUAAUCGGUAUCUUCUUAAUUGCAAGGAGGUAUAUGUGGUUUACCUUACAUGGAAAGAACACAGCUUGUACUUUGAAAACAGUAAAUGAAAAGGUAAGGCCAGAUCAGGUUUAAAAUUAUUCGAGGACUGAUAAACUGUUCCUAAAGUCGAAAGAUACCCUUUUUAAGUGCAACAUUUGAGAAAGAUGUGAUCCUCUAUUAAAGGAUACUUUCGAGCGUACUUUCUAUAAGAUGUAUGUUAAUUUAUAAGGACAUCAUAAUUCAGUGGAAAAUGUACCGCACUUAGGUAGCCAUUUUUACCAAUUGUAAUUAUUACAGAUGGUCGAAAAGAGGUGCAUCCAAAAGCGGGCAUCCUGUCAUGACUGAAGUAUCUUUGGGUUAUGCUGAAUGCUAACCAAUAUUACGUCCCCACCCGGGUAAUUCCUUCUAAUCUUAAGCGCACUUCUGAAUUUUUGUUAACAUUUCGUGUUCUGUGCUCCAGCAAGUACUCCUUCUGAAACUCAAAUGGAAGAGUUCAGUGCGGGAUUUGUCUAACCGGUAGAGAUAUGGUAUGCGGUCGGGACAGGUUUUCUACGCAAUACUCACUACUAUAUUUAUCUAAGUAGGCGUCUUCGGGUUAAGUUAUUCCUCGUGCACCAGUCACGCCCUAGCAUACGCCAGUCAGGUAUUUGUUACCUUGACCUGUGUUCCCCUGUUACACAACAAGACUCUCGUUGCAUACAUUCCCGAUUUUCAGGGUCGUAUCUCCUUCAAAUUUUAGACCUGGCAGAGUGGGGCAGCAGAGACUUUCGACACAUCAAUCAUCUUCACUUGGCUCAGCAUCUGUCUGGCCUUCACUGCCAGUUGGCUCUGGCUUUCGGCAGCUUACGUACAGACGCCAGCUCACGUCUCCUUCAAUCCCACCAGCAUCACAAUCUCCCAGACACCGCUCUUCUCGACCACCAAGUCCCUGGCACGCACUUAA